AUGAUGCCGUGUGGUAAUAUUUACAGAAAUAUUAACGAAUAUCAUGCUCACGUGUCCCUUCCUACCACUUAUGCCACCCCUUGUGAAUUUCACGCUGCUUCUGAAAUAUACCCGUACCAUUUAGUGCUAUGCAGAGAUGGCGAUGUUAUUUUACAGCCGGACGAGUGGUUGGAAGAAGAGUUAACAUUUCGUUUUAAGUGUACUGGUCCUAUGAUGAACGUACAUUUUGAACCACUUAUUCCUCUAUAUGCCCCUUCUCCUCCUUCUAACGACUUUGCGUGA